AUGCAUUUCGCUCUAUUUUCUGUAGUCGUGGCAGCUUUGGCCAUGGCUAGUCCCACUCCCAAGAAAGAGCAGGCUGGGGACAACGCCAACAACGCAGCCAACGCGGCACUCCAAACAAAGGUUCUCGGUACCGUCAACCAAUGGCUCGGCGACAUACAGACAGUCAAUAACUUUGUCGACACCGCCGGCAAGCUGAAGAGUAACGCAGAAAUCAGUAAUGCUGCUGCAACUGCUUUCGUAGCCGCGCAGAACGAGGGAGACUCGAACAACGCUGUGCAGGCGGAUGUUCAGCUUGACUCCAAGGGUCUGGCAGCUGCUAAGGCCCUUGUUGACCAAUUCAACAUCAUUGGCCCUGCAAUCAACGAUACCAUUGCCAACCCGCAGAAUCUAAAGGCUAAUCUGGCCAAGAUCAAUGGAGCUCGCUGCCCAUCCCCUGUUGGACAAGACGCAAUUGGCAACGAGGGCGCCGUACAGGCUGCGGCCGCUAAGGCUAUCGGCACCAACGUGCCGUCGCCAGAUGUUCCCAAAGCAUGCAAAUAA